AUGUCGGAGAUCGACCCUUCAAGCCCACAUAUUGCCACCUUCAUGGCCAAAGUCUCCGCUGAGCUCAAUAUUCCUCUUUCGCCACCCAAGGAUGUAACAGCUUUCGGCGACAAUCCGGCCUUGAAAGACGAGCUCCUGGAUCUUCUGCUUCAGGGCAAGAAAACAUCUACAACAACCUGGCCAAUCCCUGAAACGCUUCAUUGGGGAGUUGGUGACCUUUCCAUUAUACUUGACGGUAGAGGAGAACCAAGGGCUAUCAUCAAGACAACGUCGUUUGAGAGAUGCAAGUUUCGGGAUGUAAGGGAGGAAUUCGCGCUUGCGGAGGGAGAGGGGAAUUAUCAAGAAUGGAGAGACGGGCACAAACGAUAUUUCGAGCGCAGUGAGGAUUCAAAGGAUUUCAGUGAAGACGUUGAGGUGCUAUGCGAGUGGUUUGAAGUAGUGUAUCCUCAAAUUACGAGCAAGUAG